CAAAAUACAACCCAGUAAAAAAACAAAGACAAUGAUUCGCAUGGAAUACAACUCCUCAAAUUUUACACACAAUGGUAUCAUUACUACUCUUACUCCCUGCCAACCUGCAGUCGCCAGUUCAUCCUCAUUAGUCAGGCUGCCCGCGAGCCCCAUCCCCACUUGCCAACUUGUAUCUGGCCAGAUCGCCCUCUCCCGUCAUCGCCACUCCAUCCAUUCCCACCCGGCAGUGUUCUUCCCAAUCAAUUGCUCCCCUGCUUGUUGAUGAUGGUCGUAGUAGUACCGGCAAUAUUUCUCCCGAAUGAGGCUGUAAUUCCUAACUCUCACAACAUAAAAUGUUGUUUUUUGGUAGCUAAACAUGGGGUGUUGGAAAGCUCGAUCAAUCAACUGCAGAGUGUCGUCUGUCACUCCUGUACUAUGCAUCCUGCAAACCCGAUUUCCCCCCCUGCAGCCGAGACAUCAAGCACAUGACGCACCCCGUCAAUCACCCUUCAACCAAUCUAUUUCCGUUCCACGAAAUCGCCCGACACCCGCCCAAUCCCAAACAAUCCCCAUGAUGUUCCUACCUGCAACUGCCCGGGAAGUUCCAUUAUUGGCCUUCAGGAUUAGCGACGUGUAAUCUGGACACGACGGGGUAUAUAUUUUUGCGCGCAAUGCGAGCACCGCAUCAACAAUGCUAGAUAUCUGUGCCUUUGAUGGUCAAUUUGAUUCAUCAUACCACCAAAGUAAUUUUUGGUAUCAAUUUUCCUUCUUGUCAGUACUAUCUUUGGGGCGAGUCUUUGGUACUGCCUGCCACCAUGCAACCUUCAGUUUCAAUUUCCCCUCUUUACCCCUCCCACCCUUCGGAUCCUUUCAACAAAUUCGGUAGUAAUAUCUCAUCUUAUAUCAAAACACCGGACAUCAAACCCGCCUUUCCUCUUCAGGUUACUAGUGAAGAGUAAUUAGGACAACAGAUCGACACUCUAGAACUAUCGCUGGGAAAUGCAGUAGCUAGUAGUUAAAGCAUACAAUAAAAACAAACUUACCAUAGAAUCAAGAUCCGAACUUCUUAUCUGAUAACAUAGCACUUACUUGUACUCCGUAGUUAGGUAAGCGUUAGAAUAGUGUGCUUAUCGGCAGCUAUUCGCAUAUUUGCUUCUGCGGUUGUUU